AAACUAAUGUUUUAUAUUAUAUUUUAGACGGUGACAAAAGGUGUGGAGUCUCUCGUUUGUACAGAUUGGAUUCGUCAUAAAUUUACCAAGUCAAGAAUUCCAGAUAAAGUGUUUCAGCCUUCACCAGAAGAUCAUGAAAAAUAUGGUGGGGAUCCACAGCACCCUCAUAAACUGCAUAUUGUUACCAGAAUAAAAAGUAUAAAAGGCCGUCCGUAUUGGGAAAAAGAUGUAGUAAAGAUGCUUGGAAUAGAAAAGGCGCACACUCCUCAAGUUCACAAGAACAUCCCUUCGGUGAACGCGAAACUGAAAGUGGUUAAACAUUUGAUAAGAAUCAAGCCCCUGAAGUUGCCACAAGGACUCCCCACCGAGGAGGACAUGGCUCACACCUGCCUCAAGAGCAAUGGGGAGUUGGUGGUCCGGUGGCAGCUAAAACCCGUGGACCAGAAAGCAAUUAAGCCCUAAUGCCAGAACUGUUCCAGAUUGAAAAGUGCAAGUCAUUUUUAUUUAAAGAUGUUAGAAGUGUUCUCAUUAAAAUAUAUUUUAAAUGCUAAUCAUUUUUACUGACUAAA